AAUGGUCAAAGUUGCAGAGAACCGUGUGAUUGACCUAGACCUUCUUCCCGGCGAUCCAAAAGGCGAGAAACUUGCCGAGCAGACACAAGCUGCAAUUGCAGGCAAGAUCCCUCAAGACCAAGUACAAGGCAUCUCCUCCAACGCCCAGAGCGCUGUCACUGCCAUCGGUGGUACUGUUGGCGGUAGUGUCAAAGGGGUCGUUGACACCCUCGGAAACACAGUUGGUGCAGUUAGUGAGGGCUUGACCGGCACAGUACAAGGAGUCGGUGACGGAGUCGGAAGCACUGUACAAUUCGCUGGAGGUGCCCUUGGUGCAGGAGCUGGACAAGUAGGCAACAUGUUUAGCAGCAGCAAACAAGGUGGGAAAGAGGCCGCUGAAGCCCACAAGGAGCGGCUGCAGGAAGCGACAGAGGGGUCGGAAGAGAUCAGCUCAGACCUUGCGGGAUCGGUUGAGCAGGCGAGCAAUGAUGCCGGCGCUGCGACAAAGGACACCGCUGAAGAUGCCAAAGAGGGAGCAGAAGGCCUGGCCAAGGACGCUGACGAGAAGGUCCGCGGCGUUUCUUCAUCUUCAUCUUGAGAGUCCCUGAGUGGCAUGUACGAGAUUUGAUGAUGGCAUACUGGCACACAUGGGCUAGUUGUGCAAAGCAGCAAUGGCAUUAUGAUAUCCCCAUGAUCAACAAUCGACAUUUGCGCCGUGCAACCUUUCGUCUCCAGCCCAUGCGUGUACGAGCUUGUCUUAUGACCACUCGACGUCAAGAACCACCACGUCGGUUUUUGCAUGCAGACAUCGGGCUCCCAGUGAUGCUGUGUAUUUCGGAAGAAUGUGCUCCUCCGAGUCGUGCAUUCGCCGAUAAACAAGUUCUCAACUCCUCCACUGAGUGCCAGUAGCAGGAUUUCGAUGAAGAUAGUCCAGCAGGUAUUCAUGCCACAUCAGCUCCGGUAUCACGACACCAAAUCCCGAGCUGAUUUAAUCCACAGCCUUCCACAUACUAACCAUCGAGAAGACACAAACGGGUCCUAUAUUUGUCGGU